CGCUCGGUGAUUGGCCCCACGCUGGUGAGGUUAUUACCGUAACCACCGCUGGAUUGGCCCCGAUGUGCUUCGGGUGUUGCCGUGCGGGGGCCUCGGGCGGUUUGACUGGGUAUUCACGGAGGCUGCUUAGGGCCGUUGCGCAGCGUAGGGCGGCGACGGGGAUAGGCGGCUGCGCGGCUUUGGCGCACAGCACACACAGAGCGCAGCGGCGGCGGCAGCAGGAGCCCGGCACGGAGCGGCGGCGGCAGCAGCAGCAGCAGCAGCGGGGACAAAGGGACUGAUCGGCGCGGCCGCGGGGGCUCCCGGCAGGAGGCAGCAGCUGCCGGCGCCGGAAGCGGCGCGGGGGGGGAGCGGCAGGAGGGUCCGGCGGGUCCCAUGUGCCCUGGGCGCCCAGGGGAGCAGCCGCCGCCGCCAGGGCUCUGAAGCCGGCUGAGGAGGAGCCGGGGCCGGGAGCCGCCACCAUGGCCUGUGCCGCCGCCUCCGCCCGCCGCCCGCAUUGCAGCCGCUUCAGCGUUAGCCGCCGCCCGCUGCCCCUGCGGGCGCUAUGAGGAGCCGCGCCGGAGCCGUCGCCUCAUCCCCGCACUGAGGAGCCGGAGCGAGCGAGGACGCCCGACCGCUUCACUCCCCCACUCCGCCCGCUGAGGAUCCCACCGCCCGCGCCGGAUCCUCUUCCAAGUUCUCGGUGCUACGAGCAGACCCGGAGAUCCUUGCGCCGGAGAAAAUAGUCCCCAUCGCUGCUGCCUCCCUAAGAGGAGAGGGGGGGAGAAGGAGAAAACCCCGGCGAGGAAAGAAGAGGAGCUCGGCUGUAGCUUGCGCCCCAUGUGACUGGCUCUCAGGGUGGGGGCAGCAAGGCUUAGCAACCCCCACUGUUUCCCAGGCCGCAGCAGGAGCAGCAUCGGGGGGGCUCGUGUGCUGGGUGGAGGCAGCUGUUGGACCCAGUGGUGCUGCUGGGAAGGAUGUUUUUAUAAACGAGGAGUGAAGAAGCCCUGAGAAGAGAGAUCCAGAGGGGGAGAGGGUUUCCCCUGGGGGGGAGGGGGGCUGGAAUUUAAUGUUGCAUUUUGUAUCCCUCUCCACCUGAGAGAGAGGCACGCACACCAACCACCAGGAAGAGAAGAAGGCGAAAAGAAGAAAGGAGGAGAGGUGAUCAGAGGGAGAGAGAGAGAGACCAUGUCAGGGCGGCCCAGAACCACCUCCUUUGCAGAGAGCUGCAAACCAGUGCAGCAGCCUUCAGCAUUUGGCAGCAUGAAAGUUAGCAGAGAUAAAGAUGGCAGCAAAGUGACUACGGUGGUGGCAACUCCUGGACAGGGUCCGGAUCGACCACAAGAAGUUAGCUAUACAGACACCAAAGUGAUUGGAAACGGAUCUUUUGGUGUUGUGUAUCAAGCCAAACUCUGUGAUUCAGGAGAGCUUGUGGCCAUUAAGAAAGUUCUUCAGGACAAAAGAUUUAAGAACCGAGAGCUCCAGAUCAUGAGAAAGUUGGAUCACUGUAACAUUGUCCGAUUGCGAUACUUCUUCUACUCUAGCGGAGAGAAGAAAGACGAGGUGUACCUCAACUUGGUGCUGGACUACGUUCCUGAAACAGUAUACAGAGUUGCCAGACAUUAUAGUCGGGCCAAACAGACACUCCCUAUGAUCUAUGUCAAGUUGUACAUGUAUCAGCUGUUCCGGAGUUUAGCCUAUAUCCAUUCCUUUGGAAUCUGCCAUCGGGAUAUAAAACCACAGAACCUCUUGCUGGACCCUGAUACAGCUGUCCUAAAACUCUGUGACUUUGGAAGUGCAAAGCAGCUGGUUCGUGGAGAGCCUAAUGUCUCUUACAUCUGCUCUCGGUACUACAGGGCACCAGAGUUGAUCUUUGGAGCCACCGAUUAUACCUCCAGUAUAGAUGUGUGGUCAGCAGGCUGUGUAUUGGCUGAACUGUUACUUGGACAACCAAUCUUUCCAGGCGACAGUGGUGUGGAUCAGUUGGUGGAAAUAAUCAAGGUCCUGGGAACGCCUACAAGGGAACAAAUUAGAGAAAUGAAUCCAAACUACACUGAAUUCAAAUUCCCUCAGAUUAAGGCACAUCCAUGGACUAAGGACUCGUCAGGAACAGGACAUUUCACCUCAGGAGUGCGGGUCUUCCGACCCCGCACUCCACCAGAAGCAAUCGCACUAUGUAGCCGUCUGCUGGAGUACACCCCCACUGCCCGCCUGACUCCCCUGGAAGCAUGUGCGCACUCUUUCUUCGAUGAACUACGGGACCCAAAUGUCAAACUACCCAAUGGGCGAGAGAAACCUGCACUCUUCAACUUCACCACUCAAGAACUGUCAAGUAACCCAUCUUUGGCUUCGAUCCUCAUCCCUGCUCAUGCUCGGAAUCAAGCAGCUGCUUCAACCCCUACAAAUGCUACAGCAGCCUCAGAUUCCUGUACGGGUGGGCUCAUGGUACUGAUGGGAGCUGGCUUUUCAGGAAGAUGUUAAUGCAGGAGAGCGAGGUCAGACCAAUAACGCAGCUUCAGCAUCAGCCUCCAACUCCACCUGAAGUGGUCCCACGCAAGCCAGCUGCACAGGAAAAAUCACCAGUAAUUUGAGUCUUGCUCAGCAACACUGGUCACAUUUGGAAAGAAAAUUAAAAAGAGGAAAAAAACAAAACAAAACAAAACCCUGUUCAUUUUAGUGUUCAAUUUUUUUAUUAUUAUUGUUGUUCUUAUUUAACCUUGUAAAAUAUCUAUAAAUACAAACCAGUUUCAUUGUAUUCUCACUCUGCGGGGUCUCCAGGGCAAGGGAAUAGGUGGGGGGGAGAAGGGAAAGUGGAGCAAUAGAACACAUCAAUGUCUCUUCCCUUGACAAUCUCUUCGUAUGGAAAGUUUGCUGUUGUGUACUUCAGAACCAGGACUCUUGCCUCAUGCCCCCUCCCACAACAGAAAGAAGGAAAAAAAACCUCAUUUUCUGCUGACUUUUUUUUUUUAUAACCUCUUUUUUUUAUUUUCUUUUUAAGUGAAGUUUCAGACUUUGGUGUAGUGCACAGCUUGAAUUUGGUUGGGAGCUUAGCCGGGAUCAUUCAACAGAGCUAAGCGUUUCUUGUAAGUGAAUCCAUAUCUAGGCUAUCAGAAGAACUGCCUUUGGCAUGGUCUGGGAGGUGGGGAGGUGAUAGGACAAUAGGUAGCCCAGGGGGUGGGGGGGUGCUUACUGUAUGUCUAAACUUGGAACUGCUAGUGGAAGACUUAUUUUAAAAAUUAGCGCUAGCAAUAGAGAAACCUGCAGCUUCAAUAUGGAAAAAAGUCUAUCAAGUGGGAUAUAUAUAUUUAUAAUAUAUACACACACGCAUGUCAAACACGCCUGGUUAGCUUUAUUGAAGCAGCUUGUUUGCCUAGUCUGAGCUCCUCCACCAAGUCUUGGACUUCUUUGUUUUUAAAAGAGCCAUGUAGUGCAAGAGAAUGGCCAGUCAGCUCUAAUCUCCAGCAGAGAGAAGAUGAUGAAUGGAAUCCCACAGGAGGAGGGGGCAGGCGGAGUUAUGGGGCCUUUUGGAAAGUGGCCACUGUGAAAGCAUUUUUCGGUUUUUCGCUCUGAACGGGAUGCCCUUUCCCGAGAUGCACACAGGAAAAGGACAUCAGAGUUUAUAAUGUGAACUGUAACAAUCUACUGGUUUAUUUGUAAUAUUUUUUUACUGCAGUUUGAGCUUGCAGAUUGCCACGCUCUAUAGAUCUAAUUUUAAAUCCACAGCUAGAAUCUGUAUUUAAUUUCAUCAUUUUAACCUCCUGCUUUUUUAUCUUUAUUUAUUGAUGCAUGUGGAGUUGCCAUUAUGAUGUUUUUACAUUGGUAGAAUAAAAUACACAUCAAAGUGAUAUCAACAGUAACUUGUACCUGCUGACUUGAGGGGAAGCUGACUACAUAAGUGUGUGUAUAUAAUAUAAAUAGAUAUGUGUAUAACAUAGAUACAGUACUGCUUUUUGAGUUUUAUUUUGUCUACAGCCAUUAAAUUGUCUGAUUGAAGCAUAGGAUGAAUGUUUGUUUCCAGUCUGAGUUUAAGGGUUUUUUUCUGUAGUGGUGAAUGGUGUAAGAAUCAAAGUCUCCAUUUCUGAAGUUAAAGCAAUAUUCUUGGAAAGAGUCAGUUGAGCAGCAGGAAGUUGCAGCUGCAAUGUAGAAAUAGACUUUUGAGACCUGGUCUGUCUUAUCCUUGAGGCUGAUGUCCAUGUGGGCCUUAUACACAUUCAGAGAAACCUUAGUCACCUUGGUGCUUAUGGGCUAUUACUUGACCUGUGGAUCUUUAAGGCACAGUAAAUUGUUUCUGACAUUUACAGACUUUUAUGUGUGGCCCAGGAGUAGCCAGCAGUAGCGGCUAAGUAAACUCAGUCACUGCAGGGUGGCAGGAGGUUUGUUUAUGAAUUCAGUACAUUUCCUGUCCCUGUGCUUCAUAUUUGCCCCUGUUUGUGGGAUUUUUUUGAAGGAAUGUUUCUUAGCAGCCAUAGAGGUCCCUCUGUCCUGUCUGAUGAACAGUGGAAGUCUGGGAGGGGAGUUGUUUGCACAGAUGAAUGUAUAUACCUGGAAGAAGAAUGGAUAAUUCACCUUAGUUAUGUCCCUCAUUAUUUAGUGAAACUGGGGGCAACAGAAAAGAUUUUUAAGCAGCUCUAGACCAAUUACAGCUGAAGAGAAGGAAAAUCACAUUUUUCAAUGGAACAAAAACACCCCCAGCUCCUGUAAUAAAUAACUGAGGCCUGAAAGGAGUGUUAAUGCAAGAAAUCAGCCAGUGAGUGCCAUGAAUGAUGGACUAGAGCCUGGAUGAUCAAAUGUCCGGAGAGAUUUUAGAAGACUUGAAAAGCAGAGGACAGUAGCAGUGACUAGAUCUGCUUUAUAGACAAGACAGCUCGAAGGCUGGGCAAAGACAUUUACUCUGUACUGGGGACAGUAAAUUACCAAGUUGAUAAAAAUCGCUGCUUGUUUCAGGUGCCGUCCUAGGUGGUUUGUUUGUUUGUUUUCAUUCAAGGUUGGUAGAGAAGGAGAGUUAAGAGCUUUUCCCUCAUUCUUUUAGUUCUACUUCAUGACGGUGCAAGUGUGUCUGUGUGUAAGCUGGUGUCUCUGAUUUUCUUUUUCAAGGAUCAUGGCAGGAUCACAAACGCUUUUAUACAUGUUAGAUCCAGGCCUUUGAAUAACUUUUUUUUUUUUUUUUUUUUUUUUUU